AUGAAGUUCUCUCCUAUUUUCACGGUUGUUGUCAUCGCCUUGUCGGGCCACACUCAGGCAGUACUUGCUGCUGGUAAUACCAAAUACGCAGACAGUGAGCUGUUCCCCGGCUGGAGGUAUGAACUCGACGCCGCAGCUCCAACUAUCAAGACCCUCGAUGAAGCCCACAGUCUAUCAAAUGCGUACAAUAAUACUGUGGGAGUUGACAAGAUCGACGGCAAAUAUCUGGUCAUCGACCACGCGCAAAAGAAGCAAGUAGCCACUAUAGGUGGUGACCUAGAAGAAGCAGCCGAAUCCAAUUAUCCUAGCAACCUUGUUGGUACCAAUUCCACAGUUAUUACCUCUGCGAUGGAAAAGGUGGAUUAUUAUCUUGCACAUGGUACUUUUCCGGAGACUGGCGUGGCUGCCAACACUUUGGAUGAACGCGAAACAAGAAACUAUCUUCUUCGGAACGGUAGCAGAGAUGAAUCUCACCAAUUCAACCAUGACCUCGAGCUUGUCCUCGCCAUUGAAGUCUCCCUCCUAGUACUACUACAAUAA